UGAAGUGCUGUUGUUAGAGGGAGAUGACUCCUCAUCUUAUUGGAGUGCUGCCUCAGAAAUCGAGGUGAAAACUUCAACAGUCUUAGAGGGGCCUCAAAAAAGAAGAUAUUUAGGAAAAACAAACCUUGGGAACAGACUCUACCAUUCGAUAAAGGCCACAGGGACAUAGUGUUGCAAAGCUGCCAUCCUCAAUAUGUCAAUCACCAGCACUCCCACCAGUAAUGAUGCUUGCCUCAGCAUCGUGCACAGCCUUAUGUGUCACCGCCAGGGUGGCGAAAGUGAGAGCUUUGCCAAACGUGCUAUUGAAAGCCUGGUAAAAAAACUUAAGGAGAAGAAAGACGAGCUGGACUCACUCAUCACCGCCAUCACCACCAAUGGAGCACACCCCAGCAAAUGCGUCACCAUCCAGCGUACCCUGGAUGGUCGCUUGCAGGUGGCUGGGCGAAAAGGUUUCCCCCAUGUGAUUUAUGCACGGUUAUGGAGGUGGCCUGACCUGCACAAGAAUGAACUGAAACAUGUGAAAUACUGCCAGUUUGCCUUUGACCUGAAGUGUGACAGUGUCUGUGUGAACCCUUAUCACUAUGAGAGGGUGGUGUCACCAGGAAUUGACCUGUCAGGACUGACAUUAACCAGCUCUGCUCCCUCAGGUCUUAUGGUCAAAGAUGAAUAUGACUUGGAUGGCCAGCACCCCCCUUCCAGGACAGAGACUUUCAGCUCCCCUGCUUUGCUCCCCCCCUCAGAAGCCAGUGCAUCUGCCUCCUCGGCCUUCUCCAGCAUUGCAGUUGGAUCUACCUCCCAGUCCACCAAUUUGCGAUCAGGGAGCCACAGUGGGGAAGGCCUGUUGCAGAUAGCCUCAGAAACAGGACAGAGCUCACAACAGAAUGACUUCACCUCUGCUCAGCCUGCAACCUACCACCACAGUGCAACCUCCACCUGGACGAGAGACAGCAGUUUGACAUCCAGUGUCCCUCACCAUCAAAAUGGACAUUUACAGCACCACCCACCAAUACCCCAUACAGGCCACUACUGUCCAGUACACAAUGAGAUCGCAUUCCAGCCCCCCAUAUCUAACCAUCCAGCACCUGAAUACUGGUGCUCCAUUGCCUACUUUGAGAUGGAUGUGCAGGUGGGUGAGACCUUCAAGGUACCCUCCACUUGCCCCAUUGUGACUGUAGAUGGGUACGUCGAUCCAUCUGGUGGUGAUCGCUUUUGCCUGGGCCAGCUGAGCAAUGUGCAUCGGACCGAGGCCAUCGAGAGAGCCAGGCUGCACAUUGGCAAAGGUGUACAGCUGGAGUGUAAAGGGGAAGGUGAUGUGUGGGUACGUUGUCUUAGCGACCAUGCCGUCUUUGUUCAGAGCUACUACUUGGACCGGGAGGCCGGCCGUGCCCCUGGUGAUGCUGUGCACAAGAUCUACCCCAGUGCGUACAUCAAGGUAUUUGACCUGCGCCAGUGCCACAGACAAAUGCAGCAGCAGGCUGCAACUGCACAGGCAGCUGCCGCAGCUCAAGCAGCUGCAGUUGCUGGGAAUAUUCCAGGACCUGGCUCUGUUGGUGGCAUUGCCCCUGCAAUCAGUCUAUCAGCAGCAGCUGGUAUUGGUGUGGAUGACCUCCGUAGACUCUGCAUCCUGCGAAUGAGCUUUGUGAAGGGCUGGGGUCCGGACUAUCCCAGGCAGAGCAUUAAAGAGACACCCUGCUGGAUUGAGAUUCACCUGCACCGAGCACUUCAGCUUCUGGAUGAGGUUCUGCAUACUAUGCCAAUAGCAGAUCCCCAAUCCCUAGACUGAGCCAGAGGGGGCACUGCAGACUUCUCUUGCUCCACACAGUUCUUCACUAUGAUGCUUCUGAGGAACAGGAAGGAAGUUGUACCACAACAGGGAGUUGUAUGUUUUGUCCCUACUGUUGUGGUACAGAGGACACAUUUUUUUUUUAUUUGAUUUUGCCUUGACCCCACCCAUCCAUUACAAACCAGGCCAACACCCCCCAUCUGAAGCCCCCAGAACAGUGGCAGGGAUACCUGCAGGUCUCAUGAGAUUGAAUUUAAUAUUUGAUUUAAGCUUUUUGGUGCGUUUUGCCCUUUGUGUGUGACUGAAUCACAAAGCUACAGUCUACACUAUUCAGGUGGUGCUCAUAUUAAUGAAGUGAGACAUCAAGGUGUAAGCCUGCACUGUUGGUUUGUUCAGCACAGAGGUUAGCAGAAAGGUAGUUAAGUUGACUGGGGCUAGCAUUGAAGAUCCAACUACAAGAUUUAA